AUGAGUUGGUUCAGCGUUCCCUUUUGUGGCUACAGCUGCGAGUUUUCGCCCUUCCGCGGAAACCUGCUGGCAAUCGGGACUGGCCAGUACUUCGGAAUUGUUGGCAAUGGCAAGCUCCAUGUACUGGACAUCGCUGCGCCCGGUGGACAGCCGGUCUGUGAGUGGAUGACCAAUCAAGCGGUUUACGACGUUGCCUGGAGUGAGGCCAACGAGCACGUCCUACUUACGGGGCAGGCAGAUGGAACCCUGAAGCUGUUUGAUUGGACCAACCCUCAAGGUCCCAUCAUGUCGCUGGAAGAGCACACAGCCGAGGUGUACGGUGUCGACUGGAACCUCAACGAGAAGCAUCUCAUUUCUUCGGCAGCCUGGGACCACUCUGUCAAAGUGUGGGAUGCAAUGCGCGGGGUCUGCCUCAGCACUUUCCGCGCGCACCAGAACCUGGCCUACGCUGCAAUCUGGUCUCCGGCUAGACCGGCGUGCCUUGCGAGCGUGGGUGGGGAUGCUAUGCUUCACAUCCAGGAUCUCAAUGCGGGCGAGAUGCCCGUGCAGAGCAUUCAGGCUCACCAACACGAGAUCCUGACAGUUGACUGGAACAAGUACAAUGAGUUUAUGGUUGUCACAGGUAGUGUUGACAAGACCAUCCGCACCUUUGACUUGCGCAACUUUGGCCAGCCCUUGCAGAUUCUGCACGGGCAUCAGCUGGCGGUCAAGCGAGUCAAGUGUCAUCCGUACAACGAGACGCAAAUCGUCUCGUGCUCGUACGACACGGCUGUGAAUGUCUUCGACAUGACCAUGGGUCAAAUGAUCCAACACUUCGACCAACAUACGGAGUUCACUCUGGGUGUUGACUUGAGCCUCUUCGAGGAAAACGUCAUUGCUUCAACUUCUUGGGACUGCACUGCCUGCGUUUGGAAUCUUACUCAAGGACCGCCGCCUCCACCACCGCCGGCAAUUGUGAAGCGUGUUCCUCGCCAGCCACCCGGAGUGCAGUGA